CUACCAGAGCUCAACGACCGACGCACCGUGCAACCUCAGCCCGACUCCCUGCGCCCCGGUCUGGGAUGCUUUUAGCGCAGAGACGCCUCCACUCAGGGCAGCCCGUGGACGUCGACGCAGAUCAUCAACACUCUUUUCGUUGUUGUUGUUAUUUUUAACCGAGGAUCUUUCCCUCCGCAUCCCCCCACCCCUCCUCUUUCAAGUGUUUAUGUUUGUUUCUUCAUGACCGCUGUUUUGGGAAGCGAGCCUCAGCACCAGCUCCAGCAACGCCAACACCAUGCGAGCCCAAAUCGAAGUCAUACCUUGCAAAAUCUGCGGGGACAAAUCUUCAGGUAUCCACUAUGGAGUCAUUACAUGUGAGGGAUGUAAGGGUUUCUUCAGACGGAGUCAGCAAAACAAUGCAUCCUACUCCUGCCCCCGCCAGAGGAACUGCCUCAUCGACAGAACCAACCGCAACCGCUGCCAACACUGCCGCCUGCAGAAAUGUCUCGCCCUAGGAAUGUCCAGAGAUGCUGUAAAGUUUGGCCGCAUGUCCAAGAAGCAACGGGACAGCCUAUAUGAGGAGGUCCAGAAGCACCAAGCUCGGCUGCUGGAGCAGAGGCAGCAGCAGACCGGCGAAGCGGAAGCUCUAGCACGGGUUUACUCGUCCAGCCUAACCAACGGACUGUCCACCCUUAAUCAUGAGAUUGGGGGCACCUAUGCCAAUGGUCACGUCAUUGAGCUGCCCAAGGCUAGCCAUGGUAAUGGAGGUGGAGUCCAAGGGGGAUACUAUGGGAUGGAUUCCACCCAGCCAUCCCCAGACCAGUCAGGUUUGGACAUGUCGGGCAUUAAGCACAUUAAACAGGAGCCGGUGUAUGACCUGACGCCAGUGCCCAACCUGUUCAGCUACGGAGGCUACCAGGACAGUCAGCUGGGACCCAAUAAUGUCAGCAUGGGAGAGCUGGACCGUAUUGCUCAGAAUAUCAUCAAGUCGCACUUGGAAACAUGUCAGUACACAACAGAGGAACUGCAGCAGUUAGCCUGGCAGACACACUCCUACGAAGAGGUCAAGAUGUACCAGAGCAAGCCUCGGGACGUGUUGUGGCAGCAGUGUGCCAUCCAGAUCACCCAUGCAAUCCAGUACGUGGUGGAGUUUGCCAAGCGCAUCUCAGGCUUCAUGGAACUGUGUCAGAACGACCAGAUCCUCCUGCUCAAAUCAGGUUGUUUGGAGGUAGUCUUGGUGCGGAUGUGCAGGGCCUUCAACCCUCUCAACAACACUGUGCUCUUUGAAGGGAAGUAUGGAGGCAUGCAGAUGUUCAAAGCUCUAGGUUGUGAUGACUUAGUGAGUGCAGUUUUUGACUUUGCCAAGAGUUUGUGUUCACUGCAGCUGACAGAGGAGGAGAUCGCUCUGUUCUCAGCAGCUGUACUAAUUUCCACAGAUCGACCGUGGCUGAUGGAGCCUCGGAAAGUCCAGAAGCUCCAGGAGAAGAUCUACUUUGCUCUGCAGCACAUUAUGCAGAAGAACCACAUGGAUGAAGACGCACUGGCUAAGCUGAUCAGCCGAAUCCCAACGUUGUCCGCCCUGUGCACGCUCCACACCGAGGAACUCCAGGCUUUCCAGCAGCUACACCCAGAAACAGUCAACGUCCUCUUCCCUCCGCUCUACAAAGAACUCUUCAACCCCGACCCCAACUCUGCCAUUGCCAUGCCCAAGUGACUGCCUGUGGUCCCAAUGCAACAAACGGCAUCAGCAGAGGACCAAGAAAAUAAGAAGACAGCUACGUCUGACGAGACGACAGCAGCCGUGUCAACUAUGUCAUCAUCGUGGCAACCACAUAUUCCUGCACUCGCCGAGCCUCAUUUCAGGCUGGGGGGUGAGAGUGAGGAAUCAUCUGCCAGAAACUUACAGUUACCGCCAACAAUACUAGGAAUGUCAAGCACUUAUCCCAUCCUGUUCACCGAUACAGUCUGAAGAAUGUAUAUAGAAAUGAAACUCACCCCAAGCCACAACAUACGCGGGGCUUCCUCCCGUCUUCUGAACUGAACUGACUGACCAGAAAUGUACAGACUUUAAAACAAGUAGGAACAAUUUAAGCUGUCAAUCUUUAAAAGAAAUGGGUAAGUUCAUUUGUUUUAACUUUGAAAAAAAAUUUGGGGGUUUGUUUUGUUUUUUGUUUUUUUCAAAUUUGUGACGUUGAAGGAACUGAAUGGGGAAGGGAACUGUGGAUUUAGAAAAGCUAUUGUAGAUAUUCUUCUAGUGCAGAGCGGAUUCCAGUAUUACUUCUUGUUCUGUUAAAAUAAGUUAGUCCUAAUUUAAAUAUAUAGCAGUCCACUGUGGCUGACUUUACCUUGUCUAUGUGUUUUUGUUUUAUUUGAUAGAUUUUUGUGUACAGAAUUUGUAAAGUUCAGACUUGUAAAAGAAUAUUGGGUAAACCCAGUCGAUUCGGCUUUUGUUGAUAUAUAGAAGCCUUGUCUGGAUUUUGUUCAUAUGUAAAGAAGGUACUGCAUUCUUCUAAUGAGAAAUGUAAAGAGAGCAUAUGAAGGAUAUAAAAAAAUAAUAAUGGCUACUACUUUUCAAGGUGAAGAUAUAUACAUAAAUAUUCUAUUUUCCAAGAAAAAUAAUCUGGCAGAUUUGCCAUCUUAUCAAUCAUUUUCUUCUCGCUGCAAUAAUUACGUCCAAUUAAAUACUGGACUGCUUUCGAACAAUCAACCAGAAACAACCAAUCAGAAACUAGGACCUCACAAUAAACCCCACCUCUUCCCGAAUUCCCCUCACCCUGCCCUUUAUUUCUUAUUAGGGCCUUGACAUGAGAUUUCAGAAGACAAACGUGGAUAGAAAUCACAAAUAAAGAAGUGGAGGAUAAAAAUAAAAAGAUGACAAAAUCAAACUUGAAUUUAACUCACAACUUUCCAAUCUUCAUAAACCUAUAUGAGUGCUGUAUGCCCUCAACCCUCCCAUCACUAUUUGCACAAUUCAGUCCAUGGAUGUCAAUCACUCCAGGCUGUGAAUAUGAAGGACCCUUUUCUCUAAAGAGCAAUAACUUUUACACUGCCUUUCUGAUCGUACUUCUCUCCUUUCCUCCUCUUCCUAUGUUCAGCUGUUCAGAACAGGGUAGCAGUUUUAACUAGAAUGCACUAUAUUUGACUCUUGAUCAUUAAUUAUGUCGAACAAUCAUCUCAUUCCACCACAGAUGCUGCAUUGUUUUCAAUGUGACACAUCUGGGGUUAAGAAAUAGCACAGCGCACUGACUGAAAGAUGUGAAGAAAAACAGAUUAGCCUCCAAUGAUCUUUAACACUUUAAAGCUGCAAUAUUACAUUGACAAUUCACACAGAAAGCUGUGAUAGACAAUCACUUUUUUGCUUUUUUUGUUAGUCACUCCAUAAUCAUUAGCACUUACAGAUUUACAUUUUUUUAGCUUUUUCUACAUUAAUGUUAUGUUGAUUAGCAUUCGGCCACUGUGUAAAGUCACCCUGCUUCUACUCAACAGUUAUACCUUCUAAGGAUGUUCUUAUCACAGUCUGGUUGCAAUUCUGCAUUCAGUCUACUAAAGAGCUUCCUUUCAAAUUAGCUAUUUACCAAAAUAGUGACCCACUACACCAUAAUAGCACAACAUUGAUCAACUGAUGGUACCUUUACAGUUUGUUCCCUAAAUACUUGUUUGACAAAAUGAAAAUAUUUCUGAGUGGAACUUCUAGCUGAUCUAAGACAGCACUUAGAUUGUUACCUCUAGCUUAAUCACUAUCAUUAGUGGACAUAUUAUUUAGUUAUUUAAGCACUAAAAAGUGAAGAUCUGUGUUAGGUUGUCUGUUGUUUGCAAAGGUUCAUUGCACAGUGGCCAAAUCUCCAACUUGCUCACAGAGCACAGACACAGUCAGACAAGUUACACAUUCAUUAACAUUAAAACAUUUGAACAGUACCAUUUGUAUCCUUACAUGUUUUUUUCCAGAUGGUGAACAAAAAAAACUAUGUCGGCCGCAUGGGAAACAAGUUUAAAUGUUAAACAUUAGUGAUCUGCUCACAUCCAUCUGAUCCAUUCACAGGAUCCUACCUUUGACCCCUGACCCGACCCCAGAUCAGAGGCCAGUGACUCUUUAAGACAAUCACUUGCUCAUUAAGGCUCGAUGCACUACACAGCAUCUCUCAGGGAAAAGCUCUUUUUCUUACUUUGCAUUAAAAGAGGGUUUAAUAUUUUUGCAAAUUUACAAAAAAAAAUGUAAUUAAAAAGGAUAACUUUUUAGGAUAAAAAUGGCAUACGUCGCCAAGGUAUGCUGGCAAAGGAAUCUGCCCAGACAAGGCUUUGAUAAGUGUGUGUCUGUGUGUAUGUGCGUAUAGAGCAUGAAUUCACUGUCCAAAUCUCUUUAGAGCCCAGCCUAUAUGACAAGCAUUGUUACGUAGCACAUUAAGAAAAAGAAAAUAUAUAUUUAGUGUAUGUCGGUGUGCUUUUGUCACGACUGUACAUGUGUGUUUACUGCUUAUUUUGCUGCUUUUGGGACAGCGAGGGAAGUCCACUGGUAAGCUAUGAAUCAAGCGCCAUCACAACCCCCCUGGGACAGUGAAUUCCAACUCUGAAUAUGAAGUUUUUGUGUGUGACGCUAUUAUUUUACCUUGUUAGACUGUGAAUCAGAGGGAUGGGAUAGGGUUAUGAGAGGGGAUGUGCUGGCAAGAACAAGUGGCAACGCAACACUGUAAGUAAUAUACUGUAGCAAUAAGAACUGGAGGCAUUUACUACUGUCAUGUUUGCAUUGUAAGAUUAUUUUUUAUUUUAUUACUAUUUACUAUUAUUAUUGUUCUUAUUAUGACUACUAUUCUUCUAUUACUAUUAGCCUAUUGUUGUUCUGUUCUAUUUGCAUGACGUUUCAUUGCAAUGAAACAUUUGGGGUUUAUUUGUGUUUUUGUUCUUCUCAUGAUAUUGUGAGUUUCGUGGGAGGGAAGGGUUAUCUGCAAGGUGGGCCCAGGUGGGUUGAGGGCAAAUUUCACGUCAAUUCAGUCAGUUCAAAGCAAAUUCCUUCACAAGCUGGAAGAAUUUUUUAAUAAAAUGCUCUUAUUUAUACACAACCAAUUUAAAAUGUUCGAUUUGACUUUUGUUUCUAUGAAUGUGUGACAUAGUAGGACCAGUUAGUGAACGGCGCUUUCUGAACUGGCCUUAUUGCACUGGAUCAGAGACCCUUAACCUGCAGCGGGAGGGAACGAUGUGGGUGGGGGGUAUCUAUUCUGAAUGUUAUGGAGUAGCCUGUUCAGUGUGAGGGGCUGAACACAUAAUGCGCCUUUACCACUCCAUCAACACAGAAUGACAUCACAGAGCGCACAAUAAUACUAGACGUCAUCCUACGUGGUGACUCGGACAAUUUGCGCAGACAUUUUUCAUACACUUGGUUUGAAAUGCAUUUCCUACACUUAGUCAAAUACACUCCAACCCAAACCUUCUCCCUUUCCUGAGAAAACCUGUGUGAGUGUAGGUGUGUGUGUCUGUGAGAAAAAGAGAGAAAGAGAGAGAGAGAGAGAGAGAGAAAAUGAAAUGUUUGCUCUACCAAUGCUUUGUAUACUUUCUUAAUGCAUUACACAUGCGUGCAAUUGGAGUAGUGUUGGAAAAUUGUUAAUUUAUUGUUUAGAAUGUCUUUGCGUCCCAGCAAGAGCAAAUAAAACAAAAUGUAGCAAUCUGUAACCGAAGCCUAAAAGGUGGUUGGGCUGCAGAACCUCUUUUACACAGGACUAACAAAGCAAAACUAAAAAUACAAUAAAAUGAGACCUUUUUUGUGUUGUUUUCAAAGUGCCAUAGCUAGUGAGGAGAGCAAGGACUGGCGUAGAUGUGUUUACUUGAGAAACCAAUCAAAAAAAGAGGACUCCGAGGAAAAUGUGUAUUUGAUUACACAGACAAACAGCUUUUACAUUUUAUGCUUUUUUCAUUUGGAGAAAGGGGACUCUGCUGGACUCUGAACUCUGACUCAACUAUAAAACCAUCAGCUCUUCUGUAGAUUUUAUUUUAUUUUCACAUGAAAAUGAAAGAGUGUAUUUGCAUUAAGGAGCCACAAACCACCACAUUUGAUGGAUCAGCAUGGGUUGAAGUUCAGAGCUAUGCAGGGCCCUUACUGAGUCCUCCUUUGAGAUGUAUAUACAAUGUGAAGGUCCGAAGUGAUUUUUGUUAAAUUCUAUAUUUUAUCGCUUUUGUAGACAUUUUGU